AUGUCGGAUCUCAAGAGGACGCUGGACAGUGGCGGUCAUUGCGUCCUCGAGAUGCCCUCAGGAACCGGCAAGACAGUCUCCCUUCUUUCCUUGAUCGUGGCCUACCAGAUGCACAUGCCUGAGAAGCGGAAAUUGAUUUAUUGCUCGCGUACCAUGUCCGAAAUUGAAAAGGCUCUGGCUGAGCUGAAAGCUCUGAUGAAGUACCGAACAAAGGAGCUGGGCUAUACUGAAGAAUUUCGAGGUCUUGGAUUAACCUCUAGAAAGAAUCUUUGCCUGCAUCCCUCGGUCAAACGAGAAAAGAGCGGUUCCGUCGUGGAUGCUCGAUGUCGCAGUCUGACUGCCGGCUUCGUCAAGGAAAAGAAAGAACGAGGCGAGGAUGUAGAUGUGUGUAUCUAUCAUGACAAUCUCGAUUUACUUGACCCUUCGAGUCUCAUCCCUCCUGGAGUCUUUACCCUGGACAACCUUCUUCAGUAUGGCGAAGCUCACAAGCAGUGUCCCUAUUUCUCUGCACGCAGAAUGAUGCCGUGGUGCAACGUCAUCAUAUACUCCUACCACUACCUACUCGAUCCCAAAAUUGCCGAAAGAGUAUCGAAAGAGUUGUCCAAGGACUGUAUCGUGGUAUUUGAUGAGGCUCACAAUAUCGACAAUGUUUGUAUCGAGUCAUUGUCGAUAGAUCUUACUGAAGAGUCGAUACGUAAAGCUACACGCGGCGCCGUCAACCUCGAGCGAAAGAUUGAGGAAAUGAAACAAAGCGAUGAGCAGAAACUGCAAGAUGAGUACCAAAAGCUAGUCCAAGGUUUGCAGGACGCCGACCAGGCUCGCACCGAAGAGGCUUUCAUGUCUAAUCCGGUCCUUCCCGAUGAUCUGCUCAAAGAAGCUGUGCCAGGCAAUAUCAGAAGAGCCGAACACUUCGUUGCCUUCCUGAAACGCUUCAUCGAGUAUAUAAAGAGUCGAAUGAGGCUCCGUAACGUCACUCAGGAAGACCCUGCAACUUUUCUUGCUCAUCUCAAAGACACUACCUUCAUCGAGAGGAAACCUCUUCGUUUCUGCGCUGAACGUUUGACUUCACUCGUUCGCACUCUCGAACUCACGAAUAUCGAAGACUUUCAGCCCCUGCAAGAUGUCGCUUCUUUUGCCACGUUGGUCGCUACAUAUGAAUCAGGCUUUUUAUUGAUCUACGAACCAUUUGAAACCGACAAUGCACAAGUCGCAAACCCAAUUUUCCACCUUGCGUGUCUCGAUGCUGCCAUUGCAAUCAAGCCAGUUCUCGAAAGAUUCUCCUCUGUUGUCAUCACUUCGGGUACCAUAUCUCCGCUAGAUAUGUACCCCAAAAUGCUUGCUUUCGACGCUGUUCGUUCUGACCCGAAUGUUGUUCGAAAUUAUGGGAACCUCCUUUUUGAGUUUGCGAAGAUUACUCCAGAUGGUCUCGUUGUCUUCUUCCCUUCCUACCUCUACAUGGAAAUGAUCAUCUCUAUGUGGCAGGCGAUGGGGGUGUUAGACCGUAUCUGGCAGUACAAGUUACUGCUUGUCGAAACACCCGAUGCACAAGAGACCUCACUUGCUCUUGAGACAUACAGGACUGCCUGUGAGAAUGGAAAGGGGGCAAUCUUGCUAAGUGUCGCACGAGGCAAAGUAUCUGAAGGUAUUGAUUUUGACCAUCACUUUGGCAGAACAGUGUUGUGUAUGGGCGCACCGUUCCAGUAUACCGAGUCGAGGAUCCUGAAGGCCCGACUGGAGUUCAUGCGAGAAAACUAUCGCAUCAAAGAACAAGACUUUCUAUCCUUUGAUGCAAUGCGUCAUGCUGCCCAGUGUCUUGGUCGUGUACUGAGAGGGAAAGAUGAUUACGGUAUAAUGGUGUUGGCUGAUCGGCGCUUCCAAAAGAAGAGAAACCAGUUGCCGAAGUGGAUUGGAAACAUGAUCCCUGAUAGCCAGACUGGGUUGUCAACAGAUGCUGCAAUAGGUAUGGCCAAGAAGUUUUUGCGAGAUGUUGCUCAGCCACAACCAAUUGUCUGGAACGAGAAAAAGGCUUCGACGGAAAAGGACUUGCUGGCCAAAGACAGUUGGGGGCCAGAGGAUCUGAAGCUGCAUCAGAAGUUCAUGAAAGCUCGCAAAGCAGAAGGUGGAGGUGACGAAGGACGAGAGAUUGCUGGCGCCAUGGAUUAUCUGCCAACUGAACGAUAUGUACAGGUCGAUGGCAUUACUGGAGGACCAGUGAGACACAUUGACGCCAACGGACACGCGGAGCCCACGGGUGACAUGUUUGACGAUGACAUUGACGAUGCGACGAUGCUCGAGGUUGCGCAAAUGGAUGUUGAUGGUCAAGGCGAUGAUUCGAUGGCUUUUAGUUGA